AAAUUGGUGAAUUGAGAAAAUGUAAAUAAAGAAAAUAAUAGGAGCCCUGAUUUUGUUUUUCCAUAUCCAUUACUAUCAGUUGCGCUGCUACUUCUUAUUUGUCUCUUUUCUUCUUCAUUUUCACUUAUAAUAUAGAUAUAGAUUCGCUCUUCUUCCUUAACUAAUCCUAGUCUGCAGCAUUAACCGCCGUUGGAUUCGAUUCCGGCAUGGCGGGAGUUUCCGGUUUCAAAUGCCCCUGCUUCCGGCCGCUGUCUUCCUCACUCUCCUACAGUUCCAGCCGUUUUCCUGCGCCGCAGCUCAGGAUUCCGCGCCGUCUCUCCACAUUCCCCAGAAUUUACGCAUUGACGAGCAACGAUAUUAAAGUCGGCCUCAACAUUGAAGUGGAUGGGAAUCCGUGGAAGGUUAUUGAGUUCCUCCAUGUUAAACCUGGAAAGGGGGCAGCAUUUGUAAGGACCACAUUGCGAAAUUAUGUGACUGGAAAUCAAGUUGAAAAAACUUUCAGAGCUGGAAGUAAGAUAGAAGAGGCUGACAUAUCCAAAGAGACCAAGCAAUACACUUACAAAGAUGGUGCUCAGUAUGUUUUCAUGGAUUUGAAUACAUAUGAAGAAGCCCGUCUGAAUGCGGUAGAUGUUGGAGAUAAAGACAAGUGGUUGAAAGAAGGCAUGGACUGCAAUUUGUUAUUCUGGAACGGGAAGGUCAUUGAUUUUGAACUCCCCAUAACUGUGAAGUUGAAAGUUACUGAAGUUGAUCCCGGUUUAAAGGGCGACACAGCUCAAGGAGGAUCAAAGCCUGCCACUAUUGCAAGAGAAGUUUUGGAUGCUGCUGCUCGGAUUGUAAGACCUGGAAUUACUACUGAUGAAAUUGAUGAUGUUGUUCAUGAAGCAACUAUUGCUGCUGCUUGCAGAGAUUUACUUCAGCCAUUCAAUCCUGUUCCGAAGUUCAUCAUAAUCAAAUCUGUAGUAUUUCUUACAUAUUGGCAGUGUGAUGUAGUGGACAUUUCAGAUGAUGAGGAUUCCUUUUUGCUGGAAAAUGAUGCUGGAGUUAUACCCAAGGAUGAGAAUUUGGAUUAUGAUUUACCACCGCCGAAAACAUUCUCAAUGCCAAGGGAGGCCCUUCAGAAACCAAAGAUUGAAGUUCUUGAUAAUAGUUUUUCUGGGGAAUGCAGUGAUAGUUUAGCUGGAUAA